CGCCAACCUUCCUGUUCAUUUUUGUCCUUUAUUCGUUGACUACUCGGGAGUUCAAUCUCCUCAUAAUUCAUCCCAUUUCAAUCCCACCUUCUUCUUUCGCUACAUACCAUUGUUUCUCUACUAGAUUUCUGAAUUAUUCAAUCUGGGAUCUAUUUAAAAAAUGGGUAGAGCUGGGUUUUCAAAGAAUUCAAGAAUGAUUUGUGCCCCGUUAAUGGCUGAAUCGGUGGAGCAAAUGUUGAGUGACAUGCAUCAGGCAAAGAUGGAGGGUGCGGAUGUGGUUGAGAUCAGGCUGGGCUGUAUCAGUAAUUUCCAGCCUCACAGAGACCUCAAACUCCUCCUGGAAAACAAGCCACUUCCGGUUGUCGUCGUGUAUGGGGCGACAUGGGAAGGUGGUCAGUACGAAGGUGAUGAACAGGAGCGACUACAAGCUCUUCUUUUGGCUAAAGAUUUGGGGGCUGAUUACAUAGAAUUGGAACUCAAGGUAGCAUCUGCUUUCAUGAAAGAAGAUAAAUUGGGUCGGCUUAAGAGCAGUAAGAUAAUAGUAUCUUGCUACCUGGACAGUCCGGCCUCUUUACGGGAAGAUCUUGGCCGUCUUGUUGCAGAGAUGCAAUCCAUGAACGCCGACAUCAUUAAGUUUGUUUCAGGUGCAGCUAAUAUCACAGAAAUAAUGGAAGUUUUUGAACUGCUUUCACAUAGCCAGGUACCCAUGAUAGCUUACUGUACAGGGGAAAGAGGCCUUAUAAGUCAGUUACUAACUUUCAAAUUUGGUGGUGUUUUUACUUACGGAUCUCUUCAAGGAACCUCAAUUUGUGGUCUUCCUAGUAUAAAUAGUUUGAGACAAGCCUAUGGAGUGAAGAAUAUAGAUAAGAAUACUGUAGUUUUUGGGCUUAUCUCGAAACCAGUAAGUCAUAGUAAGGGCCCUAUUCUGCACAACCCCGCAUUUAGGCAUGUGUAUUACAAUGGGAUAUAUGUGCCAAUGCUAGUUGAUGAUCUGAAGGCAUUCUUUACCGUCUACACAAGUGCUGACUUUGCUGGUUUCAGUGUUGGGAUCCCAUACAAGGAAGCAGUAAUUGAUUUCUGUGAUGAAGUCCAUCCUCUUGCUCAGUCCAUUGGUGCUGUCAAUACUAUUGUGAGGAGGCCUGAUGAUGGAAAGCUAGUUGGUCAUAAUACAGAUUGUGAGGCUGGUAUAACAGCAAUAGAAGAUGCUUUAAAGGAAUGCACGGUUUUGGAACCGUUAAUUCCUUCUCCACUUACAAGGAAGUUGUUUGUGCUUGUGGGUGCUGGAGGUGCAGGAAGAGCUCUUGCCUUUGGUGCUAAAACCAGGGGGGCACGGGUUGUCAUCUUUGACAUUGAUUUUGAUAGAGCAAAAUCUUUAGCUGCUGCAGUGUCGGGGAUAGCUCUUCCUUUUGAAGACUUAAUUGGUUUCCGCCCAGAGAAAGAUGCAAUCCUUGCAAAUGCAACCCCUUUAGGCAUGCAUCCGAAUACGGACCGCAUUCACGUGGCAGAGGAAACUUUGAGGGACUACAAACUUGUGUUUGAUGCUGUUUACACCCCUAGGAAGACUAGAUUACUAAAAGAAGCCGAGGCUGCUGGAGCUAUUGUCGUUAGCGGAGUUGAAAUGUUCCUUCGGCAGGCUGCGGCCCAAUUCAGUCUUUUCACUGGCCACAAAGCACCAGAAGAGUUCAUGAGAGGGAUUAUUUUGGAAAAAUUCUGAAACUCGAAUAAUGUGGUCGGCCGAGCAGCGACUUUCUAAGCUAAAUGCGUGC